GGUGCAUUGUGUGCCGAUGUUUACAAGUUUGAUUAUAUCAGUAAUCACAUCGCAAUCACAAUUUUUAAUCAUUCCAUAGAGUAUCAGAAGUUGCAUUCCAAUCUGUGAGACAGCUUGGCAUCACCAUUAGCGAUCAACAGAGAUCAUGAGUCGUGUCAGCCAUGCAUGGAUAGCGAUGCUACGACAGAAUCGUCUUGACAACUUCAUCAACGCCUUUCGUAGCCUUGGAGUGGAAAACACAGACGAUCUACUGGACGUCUUCAAUGAUGAUCUUCUAUCUUUAGGAAUGACUAAAAUUCAAAGAAAUCGGUUUAAUCGAAUGUGUUCUGAAUUGAGAGGUGAUGAUAAAACAACUGAUUCUAUUCUACCCAGAGGGAUUCUAUCACCAACUUCAAAUAAUAGUACUAGUACUAAUUCACAAGAUAUCCAGUCACCGCACACCUUUCAUCAAGGUCAAUGUCAGCAGUUGGAGUCUGGUUUGAGUUCAUCUGAUGUUUGGUCUCCUCCAGCAAUUGGGCAAGGGUUACAUCGACCAAUAGAAACAGGUUUAAGCUCACACAAUGUUCUAACUUCCCCGUCCAUUCGACAAGACAAUCAUCAGCCAAUGAUUUCACCAAAUGUCCAGUCUUCUCAAGCCAUUGGGCAAAGUUUACAUCGAUCAAUAGAAUCAAAUUUAAGUUCACACGAUGUUCUAACUUCCCCAUCCAUUCGACAAGACCAUCAUCAGCCAAUGAUUUCAUCAAAUGUCCAGUCUUCUCAAGCCAUUGGGCAAAGUUUACAUCGACCAAUAGAAUCAGGUUUAAGCUCACAUGAUGUACUGUCUUCUUCGGCCAUUGGGCAAGAUCAUCAGCCACUGAAAGCAAGUUUGAUUUCGCCUAAUGUCCAGUCUUCUUCAGCCAUUGGGCAAGAUAUACAUCAACCAAUAGAAUCAGGUUUAAGUUCACACAAUGUCCUGACUUCCUCGGCCAUUGGGCAAGAUCAUCAGCCACUGAAAGCAAGUUUUAUUUCACCUAAUGUCCAGUCUUCUUCAGCCAUUGGACAAGAUUUACAUCGACCAAUAGAAUCAGGUUUAAGUUCACACAAUAUCCUGACUUCUUCGGCCAAUGGGCAAGAUCAUCAGCCACUGAAAGCAAGUUUGAUUUCGCCUAAUGUCCAGUCUUCUCAAGCCAUUGGGCAAGAUUUACAUCAACCAAUAGAAUCAGGUUUAAGUUCACACAAUGUCCUGACUUCUUCGGCCAUUGGGCAAGAUCAUCAGCCACUGAAAGCAAGUUUGAUUUCGCCUAAUGUCCAGUCUUCUCAAGCCAUUGGGCAAGAUUUACAUCGACCAAUAGAAUCAGGUUUAAGUUCACACAAUGUCCUGACUUCUUCGGCCAUUGGGCAAGAUCAUCAGCCACGUAAAGCAAGUUUGAUUUCGCCUAAUGUCCAGUCUUCUCCAGCCAUUGGACAAGAUUUACAUCGACCAAUAGAAUCAGGUUUGAGUUCACACAAUGUCUUAACUUCUCCAGCCAUUUGGCAAGACCAUCAGCCAAUGAAAGCAAGUUUUAUUUCACCUAAUGUCCAGUUUUCUCCAGCCAUUGGUCAAGCUUUACAUCAAUCAAUAAAAUCAAGUUUGAGUAUACAUGAUGUCAAGUCAUGUCCAGCCUCUGGGCAAGAUUUACAUCAACCAAUAGCAUCAGAUUCCAGUUCACAUGAUACCAAGUAUUCUUCAGCUGUUGAGCAAGAUCAAAGUCAGUCUUUGGAAUCAAGUUUGUGUUUAUGUGAUGUCAAGUCUCCUGCAAUUGUUGAGCAAGGUUUACACCAACCAAUGGAAUCAGACUUGAGUUUACCUGAUAUCCAGUUGCCUCCAUCCAUUGAGCACUGUCCAAUGGAUCAGUCGGAUGAGCAGAGUGGUCAAACUGGUUUUCAGUUGUCAGAUUUUUCAGUCAAUGCUCAUGACCAGUCUCACAAGAAGUCUCCAGACCAUCUAACUAGCGACCAAUCUGAUUGUCAAUUUUUAUAUCAGACAGUUGCUUGUCAACUCAAGCCAACUCAUUCAAAUUGUGAACAAUAUGUUAUUUUCUACAAAACCUUUGAUUGUUUACUGAAGACUGUGAGUCGUAAGAUAGAUGGCUUGGAUCCUGAUAAACACACAGUAGAUUACCUGAUAUGUUUGUUAUCCAAAGUGGAUCCAUUGACGGAAGAUUGUGAAGUUCAGAUUUAUACAGCAGAGGGUAUUCCUAUCACAUGUGAUGUGUUCCUCAAUAAAUGGACUCUAAAGAAACGUAAAAUUGAGUCUGGAUCAGUUUUAUUUGUGAUCUUUACUAAGACUGGUUUACGAGACAUGACACUAAUUACUGAGGAGAAGCUAGACCAUGAGGUUGGAAUGGCGAUACUAUAUGUCCAUAUCAUGAUGGGUGACACAUACAAAGUACAUGUAGACUUGGCAAAUGACACAGUAUUGACUCUAAAACGAAAGAUCUACUCGGCCACUGGUAUUGAGACAAGCUGUCAAAGGCUCAGAUUGGAUGAUUGUAGUUGGAAAAACUCGGAUGAUGACAGUCUUGAUAAACACGGGGUUGUUGAUGGUCAGACAAUAAUGGUGGCACUUUCAUCGCUGACAUGUGAUAACUAUGUCAGUAAGAGUCGCCAAUUUGAUGCUGAUAUCAACACAUACACGGAACAAACACUGACUGGACUGGCUGUAUUUUACUCAGUUUUGAAUGUAGUUAUUAGUCAUAACCACUCAAAGAUAAACAAUAAGAAUGUUCUUGGCUUUGUACGAAAACUCACUGCAUUUCCACCGCUUGUUGCAAGUUUGGAUCUGCAGUUACACCAACGAAAUAUGAACUUUGCACAAAAGGUGUGUUUGGUUGAAGGAUUAUACUUCCUGUUCAGACGGUUACUACCAAAGCCUGGAACCGAUGGUAAAGAUGGUGUAUUGGAUAAGUGUGUAUUUGAACACUCUGCAUCUUGCUGGGCAUAUAUACUAACCAAUGCAAAUGCAAGUGAUGGUGCCAGUGAAGUAUAUAAGACAAUAGACUUAGCGUGUCCCAUAUCAUGUGCCAGAUUGAUGGAACCAGUCAGAAUAAAUGGUAUUGAAGAAAUCUGUGAAAAAGCAGUUGUAGUCAAGAAAAUACAAGACGGUGACAAGGUUUGUGGCAUAGUUGUACCACCGUCAGUUUUAGCCAAUGUGAAUCCUGCGUCUGACAUUGAACGUUUAUUACUCUGCCAUCCAUACUCUACUACAUUAUGCUAUGUAUGGCAGAAGCCAAAGAAUUGUUUGUAUGAACUAAAAGAUAUAAAACAAGAAUCAUUGAUUAAAAUGGAAGAGCAAAUACUGUCAUUUGAUUAUUUGAAAUUAUACCCACCGCUGAAAUUGAAGAAUCCUAUGAAUGUACCCAGUCCCUGCUUGACGUUAAACAGUAACGCUACUAUGGUUGUCUACACCGGCAUGGGUAAAGACGUGGGACAUUCUCUGCAUUUAUAUGACUCAGUUAAACAAAGCACACAGAUAAUACAGGCAGAUGAACUUGCUUUAAGUUUGAGGAACUAUCCCUUCUCUGCAGUUAGCUGUACAAAAGAAGUAGGGAAAGGGAACUUUACGAGAGAACCGACUGAGGCCAUUGUGGUUUUGUUUGACACUAGCAGCUCAAUGAAUACGUCAUGUUUUGGAGAGACAAUGAAAAGGAUUGAUUCUAUCAAACAGUUAUUCCAUGCAUUUGCAAAUAGAAGUAUGGCGUACAACUUUGCCCAUAUUAUUGGUCUGACUGAAUUCAGCAGCGCAGUCACCGUGGUUGACAAAUGUAAUGAAUCAUUUGAACAUUUCAAGAAUAAAGUUGAUAAUCUAUAUGCAUAUGGUAGAACUCUCAUGUACGAUGCAAUUGUUGAAGGUAUAUCACAAUUGAAUGUAAUUGGAAAGAAAUAUCCAAACUGUAAAAAAAGGCUGCUCUGCUUGUCUGAUGGUUUAGAUAUUGGUUCUUCCACCACGCUGCUGAUGGCUGCUAAGGCUUUACAGGUAUGA